AUGAAUCCAUCUGACCAGAACAACAACCCGGGAGAGAAUUCGAAUAACCCUAAUCCCCAACGAAAGGGAAAAGGGCGGCAGAAAAUAAAAAUGGAAAAAAUAGAGAACGAGACGAACCUUCAAGUCACGUUCUCAAAACGGCGAGCUGGCCUCUUCAAAAAGGCGAGCGAGCUAAGCACCCUAUGCGGUGCUGAGAGUGGCAUUGUUGUUUUCUCCCCCGGAGACAAGCCACACUCUUACGGAAACCCCAGUGUCAACGCGGUCGUUGACAGCGAAGCCGACCGUCUAGAGAGGGAGGUGGCGGCUCGCGCUGAAGCCGAUAUGCGCCGACGUAAUAAGGCCGUUGGUAAAUGGGAGGCGGACCUGAAAAUAGAAAAGGAGCGGAAGAAAGCGCACGAGAAAUUGAGGAAGGCUCCGGAAAGCGAAAGAUGGCGCCCGCCAAACUUCGACGACCUAAACUAUCAGCAGCUAGACGAACUGAAGAGGUCGAUCCUCGAUUUCCAACAAAGUCUUGAUAAUAAACUUGAUCAAGACGAGGCGGCGAGUUUGGCGGCUUUGGAUAAUACUAAUAUCCAAGGCCCGAGUAACAAUAACGCACCACUUAUCCAAGGCCCGAUUAACAAUAACGCACCACUUAUCCAAGGCCCGAUUAACAAUAACGCACCACUAAUCGUUCAAGGAGGACCUUUGAAUAUUCCACCAGCUCAAUUUGUUGGUGGAGUUGGUACCUCGAAUAAUCCAGGUGCAAAUGCCGCCUUCGGUCCGCCUUUUCUUCCUGGCUAUGCUCCGAUUUAUCCGACAGUUAAUAAUAACUUGCCAUUCGAAUUUCCGUACAAUUACGGAAAUCUUGGUGAGAUUGUCGGGCAGCCCAAUGUAGGGGUUGGAGGCUCGGGUGUGGAUGCUGAGGGGAAUCCUGGGGAAAUGCAACCGAAUAAUAAUGUUCAGAACAUGCCCCCGGGAUUCGACGGAAACUAUGGUCAUGGAAAUUAUUUUCCUUAA